AUGCUGCACGCAGCAGCAGCAGCAGCAGCGCAGCAACAGCAGCAGCAGCAGCAGCAGCACAUGCAGAUGCAUCCUCUGGAUGCCUCUCUUCCGCAGUGUAAGGGAAAGCCACCACCCCCUGCUGCGUCUUCAUCUGUCGAUGAAUUAGCAGCUCGCUUAAGAGAGCAGCUGUCUCUAUCCAAGUCAGCUGCUGCUGCUGCUGCAGAUGCUGCAGCAGCAGCAGCAGCACCCGCUGCUGCUGCUGGAGGUGAAGGUGUAACAGCAGGUUCCGACAGCCCUGAGAUACUACGGGAAGUUGCGCGGCUGCUGCAGCCUCUCCCUGAGCUGCUGCACCGAGCGCUGCAGCAGCAGCAGCAACAACAGCAACAGCAGCAGCAGCAGCAGCAAGAGGACGAUGUAGUAGAGCUGCUGCUUAGAGGCGUUCGGGGCCUCCGGCAGCUUCUCUCUGCUGCUGGAGAUAUCCCCAUUGCUGCUUGUCUUAGAGCAGGGGCCCUCCCUCUCCUUGUUGGCUGCCUUGCACACAGCAGCAAAGCGCUGAUGCUGGAAGCUGCGUGGUGUCUUACAAACCUGAGCAGCGGCAGCAGCGCGGAUGCUGCUGCAGUGGUUUGCUGCGGCACGUUGGGGUUUAUAUUUUGCUGCAUCUUUUCCUUUUCUCCUUCUCGUCUAUCGCUGAGCUGCAGCUCCUCCUUUGGUGCUGCUGCUGCAGCAGCACCAGCAGCAGCAGCAGCAGCAGCUCUGCCAGCAGGCAGCAGCAGCGGGGGGCCCCAUAGAGAAGGUACAGUUAGCCCUACUGAAGAAGAAGCAUUUGAGCAGCUGCUGUGGGCCUUAGGAAAUCUAACAGGAGAUUCUGCUGCAUACAGAGACAUUGUGCUGUCGCAGGAGCUGCUGCAGCAGCACGUGCUCUCGCUGCUCACCCAGCAGCAGCAGCAGCAGCAGCAGGAGCAACAGCAGCUGCAGCAGCAGCAGGGUCUCCUGCAGCAGCAGCAACAACGAAACAUGCAACAGUAUACUAUCACUCCACAGCUGCAGCAGCUUCUGCUGGAGCAAGUACAACGCGUCGCGGCGGCAGCAACACUGCCGCAGGCGCAGCAGCAGCAGCGGCAGGAGCAGCAGCUGCAGCUGCCUUCCUUGCAUCAGCAGCUGCUGCUGCUGCUGCAGCACGCCAAGAGACCGCAGACUUGGAGGACGGCGGCUGCGCUGCUGCGGCCGCUGUUGCCGCUGCUGCUCCAAGCGGUGCAGCAGACAUCUCAGCAGCAGGUGCUGCAGCCGCAGCAGCAAGCGGAGUUGCUGCUGCAGCAAGAGACAUUAGCUGAUGCUUGCUGGGCUAUAGACGGCCUCGUAAGCAGGCCUGAAGGGGUUGCGUUGCUGCUGCAGCAGCAGCCGCUGCUGCAGCACGUCGUGCACACUCUGGCGCAUAGCAGCGGCUGCUGCUGCUGCGCUGCUGAGUGCAGCAGCAGCAGCAGCAGCGGGGGUGGAGGUAUAGUGGCUCCAGAAGCAGCAUCAGCAGCAGCAGCUGCUGCUGCUGCUCGUGCAUUUGAGCUAGACGUUUCCACAGGGCUACGCAAUGCUUGCUGCCGCAUCUGCAAUCCUCAGCUGCAGCAGCUGCAGCAAGCUUGGGAGCAGCAGCAACAAAUAUUGCUGCCGCUGCACCCUGCGCUGCGAGUUGUGGGGCAGAUUGCAGCAGGGACAGCGAGGCAGACGCAGCAGCUGCUGUCUUGCUGCUGCUGCAUGCGGUGUCUUAGCGAUGCUGCAGGUGCUUCCAGCGGCGACGCCAACAGCAGCACAAGCAGCAGCAGCAGCAGCAACGGUGCUGCAGAUCGUAGCUUAAUGCUGAAACGCGUUUACAAACCCUGCUGCGCUAGAGGAACUCCUGUGGUGCUGAGGUGUCUACGCAGCUUGCUGCUGCAACUCAGUCGCCCGUCUCUCUGUAGGGAAGCUUGCUGGGCUCUCAGCAACCUUGCUGUUGGCAGCAGCCAGCAGCUGCAGCAGCUGCUGCAGUGCAACGUGUUGCGGCAUGCGCUGCUGCUGCUGCAGCAGCAGGAAGUAAACGAAGAUCUACGAAAGGAGGCCCUGUGGCUGGUCUCCAAUGCAUGCACAACUGCAGCAACGCUGCAGCAGCUGCUGCCGCUGCUGCAGCACGGCGCCCUGCAGCACCUCUGGUCGCUUCUCGAGGUUGCUGCUGCAGCAGCAGACGGAAGAGCAGCAGAAGCAGCUCUCAAUGCCCUUAGCAAUGUCAUUGUAUUGGCAGAGACAGCGCAGCAACAGCAGCAGCAGCAACAGCACGGAAGUGCGGUGUCUUGCGGCUGCUGCAGCGCAGCAGCAGCAGCAGCACAGUGCUCCUGUUGCUGCCACCGGCCCCUGCUGAUGCUUUCUUCUCUUAUGCCGGGAGAUGAGGGGCUGCUGCUGCUACAGCAAGUGCAUCAGCAGCACCUUUCUGCAGCAGUAGAUAUCAAGAGCGACCAGCUAGCUUGCAAGUUGCUGCAGCUAAAGCAUUCUGCAGCUAGUGCUUACAGUAGCCACUCUCACCUGUUCGUUAACUAA